AUGCAGAAGCUGCUGAGGUUGAAGAGAUACCAUCAGAAUAUGGGAUUCAGCAACAUGAAUAAAUGCUGGCCUGUAGCGAAUGCUUUGCGGAAGAAUCCGCGGGCAUGGCUAGAUUUUAUGAUGAAAAAUAUUUGUUGGCACUGCCUCCCUCAGCAUAAUUUAGAACACAUUCUUCUAUCAGGUUUGAACUUUGAACUGGUAUUGGAGAAGCCAAAUCCAAAGAGAGCACUUCAAAGUGCAUUCACUAUUGCAAUUGCUUAUAUUGUGGGUGGAGUAGUACCACUCGUUCUAGUACCACUCGUUCCUUACAUAUUCAUUCCAGUUGCAAGAAAAGCGGUGAUUGCCUCUGUAGUCUUAACUCUAAUGGCAUUGCUGAUUUUUGGAUAUGCAAAAGGCCACUUCACUGGGAAUAAGCCAAUCAGGAGUGCUCUACAAACUGCCCUAAUUAGAGCCAUUGCAUCUGCUGCUGCUUUUGGCAUGGCCAAAGCUUAA